AGUCGGUUAAUUUUGCGUUACUACCGAGUUGACGUUCCGAAGACCUCAAUAAUCAACUUCUGCCUCUUUUAUUGAUUUCUUUGUUAACUCAUCUGGUCUAAACUUUCAAUACUCAAAGAUGUCUCGUAUUCCUCAACCAUCUCCGCGUCCAACGGUGAAGACCACUCUCGCGCCUCCUUCUCGCUCACGAGCUCCGUCGCCGUCCAAGCCUGCCGCCAGUGCACCUUCCCCUCGCGUGAGGACAAAGUCAGUCCCAAAAUCUCCGUCCAAGGCUAUCCGCAGGCCACCGCCCGUCGAAAAUGAGCCACCCAUUCCCAAAACACCAUUGAGUGUUAAGGAAGCCGUCGCUCUGAAGCGAGCCGAAGCCAGAAAAGCCGCAUCUACUUCUUCAUCCCGAGCAGGCUUUGGCAAUAGCGCAAGUUUCGGUGAUUUUGAGAACCUCGAAGGUGCAGAUCCGAUAAUAUCGAAGAAGAACGAAGACGAAACACCCGAAUUAGGGAGGUGGUCUGUGAAGGAGACCAUUGAGCGUGCUCGAAGCACAGGUGCUAUCAAUUUGUCCUCUCGCUCUCUACCAUGCAUUCCUUCUGCCUUGUUUGAAAUUCAUUUGGGAGUAACUCCUGAUACAUUGAAGUCAGUAGCUUCAGAGCCGCCCGUAUCAUCCUCCACGGAUACUUCAAGUUCGUCCAGGCGGGCUGGCCAACGAGAAGGUCCAGCGUGGUUUGAAGCCCAAGACUUGCAUGUGCUCAAAGCAUGGAAUAAUAACAUCGUCGAAAUACAGCACGAAAUCUCUCUCUUUGGAUCACUGAAGACUGUGGAUUUGCAUCAAAACAGGAUUAUUCUCCUACCUGAUACCUUUGCCGACCUUACAGCUUUAACUACCCUAGAUCUUUCUCAUAAUUCCCUCACCGCGCUGCCUUCAAACAUAUUUGCGUUGCCCAAUCUCACAGUCAUGAACCUGUCCCAUAAUGCCCUCAGCGAGCUCUCCUUUGGUGCUCCGUUCUCGAAGUCUUCCUCACGCAGAGCGCGAAACGACACCUUCAGUUCAGGGGGCUUCUUUGGUCCUGUCAUCACGAGAGCCUCGUCGCCAUUACCGCGCCUUUCUGUCCUGGACGCGUCUCACAAUAAACUUACCGCUUCAAGCAUUGAUCACGCCAAUCUGCCUCGGUUGAUAACAAAAGCUGACUUUGCCGCGAAUCCCCUGGCUUUGGGCGACUCUAACUCAACACCCGGAUUUAUUCGAGCCCUCAGUCACUUGGAACAUCUCAAGGAACUUCGUUGUGAAACCGCCGACAUCGGGGAUGAUGCCUUCCCCAGCAACUUAUCCGAUUCGGAUGGUCACUGUUUCCCUCGGCUGCGGAUCCUUGAUAUGGGUGAAACUCGAGCUACUAUGGAAGGCUUGCGAUCUGCGUUAUCUGGGUUGAAGCAGGAUAUCACGUAUGAUUUUACUACUGAGGAGCCUCCCGAAGGCACCCUGAGGGUAUCUAUUGGAAAAAAGGUCGUUCGGGAAGCUUGGGAGGUAGAGGCGGAGAGAAGGGUGAAGAACCGUGCGUCUAAGAGUGUGGCAAGUACGGAAGGCGCUGGUGUUUUCAGCAAAAUAGACAUAGACCAAAAUAACGCGGAAGUCGUCAAAGAGGCUUGGGAGAUCGAAGCAGAGCAGGGUUUGUUAACGGAGGGUGGACGAAGACGAGCAAGAGCGGCGGCAGAAAUGUCAGCAAAUACUGUAGCCCCUCCAAAGCUCAGUACUGUCAUUGGACGCGGACGCCCGCCUACACCUGCUAGCACCUCGCAACCAUCAUUGACCGCAAGUUUAACAAACCCACAAUACUACCAUGCUACCACUCAAACGCUCACUUUACCCCCGCUCUCAGCUCCAAAGGGUCAUGCUCGAUCCUUCUCUCUAGCAACUCCAUUCUCGAGUUCACCAUCUUCUCAAGGCAAAACGGAUUUUGCCCUACCUACACUGACACUUCCACUCGCCGCCCUAUCAGCCCAGUUGUUUGCCCCGACGCUCAAGAUUCUCGUGUUAAGCAACCGAAAAUUCAAUCUUUGCGUUUCUCUCCCAACCACCGGCGAGGUCUUCCUUCCAAGCCUGGAGGAGCUCGUCCUGGAUGGGUGUGGAUUCGGUGAUCAGGUCUCCGUGACACGUCAAGCUGACACGGGGACUACCACUCCUCCGCGCUCGAGCGACAUGCUUCUGCCUUUGUUGACGCGCAUGUUCCCCAGUCUUCGGACGCUGGAUCUAUCUUAUAACGCUCUUACGUCAGCUUCGCUGCAGCAAGACGUCCUGUCUUCCCUUAUCCUGGCUGACAACUCCAUUUCUCGUAAAGGUCUCAGGCAUCUCCGACUCCGUGGCAAUCGAAUCAACGAGAUCGACGGUUUCCAGGGCAUCGCAGAUCUGUUCAAAGGUAAUCGUUCAGUGCCCGAUUGGAAACUAGAAGAAUUAGAUCUCAGAGACAACGAGAUUUCCAAGCUUCCCGCAGAACUUGGUCUUUUGCCUCUGGAUAUCUUCUUGGUGGAUGGCAACUUGUUCCGUAUACCCCAGAGGAGGGUUUGGGAAAGGGAAGGAACGAGGGGCCUUUUGAGCUGGCUGAGAGGUCGCCUGGAAUGAUACCCACAUGAUGUAGUAGCCCUUCGCAUUGAUUUUCCCCAGUUCGAAUGCGAUGACGUUGUCUUACUGUACUGUC